AUGAACGAAUCUGAUUCCUCUCAUUCGGACAAGCAAGGUCUGCUAAGUUCAACUUCCUCUGAAAAAAAGAAAUCAAUGGGCGCUAAAAUUCUUGCAUUAGGAGAUGGAGAAGAUGAAGAUGAGAUAGCUUCAGAAAUUGAUAAAGAAUUAAAUGCUGAGGCCUUCAGAAUGGGUGUAAAUGGUAGAAGAUUGCUGUAUCUUGGAAUGCUUUGCAGUGUGCUCUUCAUGAAUCAAAUCGGUUUCAGUAUGCUAAAUAUUGCUGACUCCUCCUAACUAUAGUAUAUGCCUGGCAUUUUCUUUUUGGCUUUUUUCACAACAACUACUGAAUGGAUCGAGAAGCAUGGGCUGUGGAGAACAACUCUUUUGUCUAUUGCAAUUCAAAUGUUUGCAAUCUUAUUCGCAAUGAAGGGAGGAUCAUAUGGUAGGACUGCAGGAAGUAUAAUGAAUGGAAUAGCCAUGUGCUUUUUAUACAAUCAAAUUACUACUUUCUCAUGCACUUGGUUUGGAAUAAGAGGAAGGAUCGUGGCAACAGGUAUCUAACUAUUUUUUGCCAAUCUUGGAUAUUGGUCUGCUGUUUGGGCUGACUAUGACAAUAAAUAUAAAAUCUCAAAUGAUUUCUUUAAUGAUUCAUUCUUGGGAAUAGGAGUUGCCAACUUAUUCCUACUUUUUAUAAUAGCCUUUUUCUACGAAGCAAAGCCAGAAGAUUGCCCUAGUAAGAGCCAAGCUAUCUAUAAAAGAGUUGACUAUGACUUGCAAAGAGAUUUUGAAGUUCUAAAAGAUGAGAGAAUAUUUAAGAGAGGUUUCUCCAUGCUCUGUGUACUCUUGAUAAUCACAUAUUUCUCGCCAUACUGUGUAAGAUGGCACUAUUCUAAGUUAGUUCAUUCUGACCACAGAGAUGGAGAAGUAAUCCACUUUGUGAUAGUUCCUCUUAUGCAACUUUCAGGUCUUGUUGUCUCAACGAUUCUACUGGCUAGAUACUUUAGAUUUAAAGUGUAACUUACUAUUGUUAUUUGGGCUAAUGUAAUUGCAAUAAUACUCUGUGAGGCUGGUUUACUCGACGGCACUCAUGUACUGUUCUACAUUGGUUAUAUCUUAGAAUCAUUUUUUAUUGGUUGCUUGCAAAUCAUAAUCUAUGAGUUGGUUGUAGAAUUAAGCUUUCCUGUUAGUCCUGCACUUGCUUUAUCUUCUCUUCAUCUCGUCGCUUUCCCAAGUAUUUUAGUGCUUAAUGCUAUAAGUGAUGAUAUUAAUAUGAGAAAUCAAACUUCCUCAGUCAUUAAUGAUUGUUUACAAUUUAUAUAGGCAGGUAUCCUUGCCUUCAUUGCUAUUGGUAUUUGGUAGUUAAGCUACAGACUGAAAAGAAUUGAAUUUGAUUUAGGAGAGGGGACUGCAAGAUAGUGA